AUGUCAGAUCUCCAUACGAAGGAGGACAUUAGUUCAUCUAAUCACACUAUACCAACUAAGCUGAGCGAAGAAGAAGCUUCAGACGUCGGUAAUGAAAAGGGCGCCACUCCUACUCGCCCAAAUCAUAUCGGUGUUCGAGUUUCAGAAUGGGAAGCUAUUCAGAUUGCUGCCGCAGGUGAUAUGGAAACCAUUGAUAACGAAGUGGAAGAUUUGGAAGCAGAGGUUACAGCUAGAGGUACAUCUCGUGCCGACAUAUUUCAGUUGAGCUUUAAGGAUCCUAGACAUUACACUUGGUUAUUGGUAGCAUUUGCCUCUAUGGGAGGUCUUCUUUCCGGUAUCGAUCAAUCUUUGAUUUCCGGCGCCAAUCUAUACAUGCCUAAAUCACUCGGCCUCGAUAUAAAACAAAUUAGUUUGGUCAGCUCUGGUGUUCCAUUGGGUGCUGUCGGUGGUGCAUUAAUGCUUGGUCCUCUCAAUGAAGCUGUUGGACGAAAGCAAGCUAUCGUCUGGUCCUUGUUUCUAUACACGAUUGGAGCUGCUCUAGAAGCUGGUGCCAUCAACUUUCCCAUGAUGAUGGCUGGACGUGUUAUCCUCGGUCUCGGUGUUGGUCUCGAAGGUGGAACAGUUCCCGUCUACGUCGCCGAGUCUGUUUCACCCAAGUACCGUGGAAAUCUCGUCUCCCUAUACCAGUUUAUGAUUGCACUUGGGGAAGUUCUUGGCUAUGUCGUCGCGGCUAUCUUUGUCGGUGUAGAAUCUGGUGGCUGGAGAUAUAUGUUAGGGUCGUCCCUCAUCUUUUCUACCAUUAUGCUCGUUGGUAUUCUUUUCAUGCCGGAAUCACCUCGGUUCCUCAUGCAUAAAGGUAGCACAGCCGAUGCUUGGAGUGUCUGGAGGCGCAUUCGUGGUACGGAUGAAGAUGCUCGUAAAGAGUUCUUCGUCAUGAAACACUCCGUUGAUUCCGAGCGUAAUAUGGAGGGUGCCCGCAAGAGAUUUGCAUGGCUCGAUUUUUUUACCGUUCCGCGAGCUCGUCGCGCCAUCGUUUACGCCAAUGUCAUGAUCUUCUUGGGACAAUUUACUGGUAUCAACGCUAUCCAAUAUUAUAUGGCUACACUUAUGCAACAAGUUGGAUUCAAUGAUAAGGAAGCUGUAUUCAUGUCCCUUGUUGGUGGUGGAUCUCUUCUCAUUGGUACUAUUCCAGCCAUUCUUUAUAUGGAGAAGUUUGGUAGACGUUUCUGGGCUAUUGCUAUGCUUCCUGGUUUCUUCAUCGGUCUACUCAUUAUCGGAUGCUCAUACUUGAUUCCUGUGUCCAAUAAGGCUGGUUCUCAAGGUACUUACAUCGCAGGUCUUAUCCUCUAUGAAGGUUUCUUUGGAUCAUACGCAUGUCUUACCUGGGUCAUUCCAUCUGAGGUUUAUCCAACAUACCUCCGAUCUUAUGGAAUGGAAACAUCUGAUACCAUGCUCUUCCUUUGCUCUUUCCUCGUUACAUAUUUCUUCGCCGAGAUGCAAAGCGCUAUGUCUAACAUCGGUCUCACACUUGGUUUCUAUGGUGGUAUUGCAGUGGUGGGUUGGUUCUAUCAAGUAUUGUUCAUGCCCGAAACGAAGAACAAGACUCUUGAGGAAAUCGAUGUUAUCUUCAGUCAACCCACAGGUCAGCUUGUCAAGGAGAACUUGAGAAGUUCUAUGGUUACCGCCAAUGAUUUUAUUCAUGGAAGAUGGGGCAAGGUCUUCUCUCCUGUUUCCGAGAGUGAUAUCUUCAGAAAGGAGAAUGGCCAUAAGUCUGAUGAGGGUGGAAUGGGUGAUACUAAGCAUGAAGAGUUGAUGAAAUCAGAGUCGCUUUAA